AUGAAAUCGUCAGAACCAAAGCCUCCCAUCACAUUCACUCUUCAUCCUCAUUCAACUUCGACGACUGACAGAACUACUUUGAAGAUUACCGGUCUGCCAAAGCCAUCUGCAUUGAAAUGGCUAAAUAUCCUCGAAGAGCCUGAGAUGUUCAAAUAUCAACCUGUCAAAUGGAAGGUUGACGAUGGUGCGAUUGAAGUGGAUAUCGAUUUUAGGUGUUUCGAAAUCAAAACUUUAGGUAUCUAUCUAGACUGA